UACCUGCAGGAGAUGAUACGCCUUGAAGGUCGGGGCAGCCAUAUGCAUGAUAAGGAGUGUCCUCGAUGUCAAUCACCGGAUCCUCGGUAUCGAUGCGUUGACUGUCACGGAGGAAUACUCUACUGCGAAGGGUGCAUGGUUGAGAAGCACAAUGAGGCUCCUCUUCACCGCAUCAAGGUUUGGAAUGGGACGUUCUUCGAGCCGAAGUCCCUCAAAGCUAUGGGGCUUCGCGUGCAGUUAGGACACCCGCCUGGCGUCCAUUGCAAUAACCCCAAGCAGGCAUAUGCUGAUGACUUCGUCGUAAUUGAUACCCACGGUGUUCAUCAAGUCGGCGUCGACUUUUGCCAAUGCGAGACCACCCAUAACGACUAUCAGCAACUGCUUCGUGCUGAAUGGUUCCCUGCAUCCGUUUCUGACCCAAAGACUGCCGCCACCUUCCGCGUGCUGGAGAGCUUUCAUCUUCUUUCCUUGGAGUCAAAGUCUUCAGCUUAUGAGUUCUAUCGAUCUAUCUCUCGGGCGACCGAUAAUCUCGGUAUCUUGGAGAAGAAGGACCGGUAUGAUAACUUCCUUGUCAUGGUGCGCCAGUGGCGCCACCUCAAGAUGCUCAAACGGACGGGAAGGGGACAUGUUAGCGAAGACCUUGAAGAAACACCCGAGGGAGCAUGUGCUGUACAGUGCCCAGCAUGCCCCCAUCCAGAGAAAAACCUUCCCGAUGGUUGGCAAUCCGCACCGCCUCACAAACAAUGGUUAUACGGGCUUUUUCUUGCAAUAGACGCCAAUUUCCGUCUGAAGAGGAAAGCGGUAUCACGAGAAGAAUUGGAUCCAAGCUUCGGAGACGGUUGGGCGUAUUUUGUCAAAGAACAGCCGUUUCAAGACUGGUUGGCGUCACAGCCUGAUCCGCCCCACGCCCGAAGUUCCUGUUCAAACCACAAGGCCGUAAACAUGGCGAAUACAAAGUUCGCUCGUGGACUCGCUGUGACAGGAGUGGGCACGGUGGAUUGUGCACGGCAUAACAUGAAGCUUCCCUGUGGUGUGGGCAACUUGAUUGCAGGAGAACGGUACAACGUCAUGGAUUACAUACUUUUCUCAACACUUCGAUGGGCUCAGCUUCGUGUCUUCAAGAUUUCCUACGAUAUCUGCUGCCAGUGGUUCAAGAACUUAUGGGCUCGAGCGGCAAAGUUACCUGAACACCUUGCGUUCAGUCCUUUUGGCCGGAUCUUCCACUUCCUCGUUCCGAAAUUCCACCUUCCCGCCCAUAUUCUCAGCUGUCGCACUCGCUUCUCAUUCAACUUCACUCCAGGUGUCGGUCGGACUGAUGGCGAGGCACCCGAGCGGGGCUGGGCGAAUAUCAACCCCGUAGCAUCCAGUACCAAAGAAAUGGGGCCUGGUCACCGAAAGGAUACACUCAACGACUUUUUCGGCGACUGGAACUGGAAGAAGACCACUGGCCUGGGCCUCGAGCUCAACAGAAAGCUAUCUGUUGCCUUUGUCAAGCGCGCUGAUCACCAGGAAGACUUCAUGGAUAUGGAACGUACCCUUCCUCAGCCCAGGCUCGUGGAAUGGCGCAAGGAUGUGGAGGCCUGGGAGAACGGUCAGACUGAACCUAACCCUUUCGAGAGCCGGGUACAAAAGCCAACGCAGCUCUCAGUCCGCCUUGAGCUCGCCAAGCGGGAAGCCAAGGAACUCGCAAAAGGAAUGCCGAUCACGCACUCGGAAAUCACGCGCGGGGUACUUAUCGCUGCCGGUAUAGAUAUUGAGGACCUACAACGGCGGCUCCGGGCAGAGCGUCGCAGCGUCGGCCAGAAUGCUGUUGACCAUCAAGUCAAGGUACAGAACCGCGCCAACACACUUCAAAUUAGAAUCGAAAACUGGACCAAGGCUCAAGUACUACACAUGCCAUCUGUGGUCAUGCUGCGAUCCAGCCGGCAUACGUCAUCCAAACCCGUUAACCCUGAGUCUAUUACUUUGUUUCUCCCGUCUCAGCUUCCUCCUAGAGCAACAUGCGACCUGAAGCUCCGCGAGAUCGAGUGGGACUUGAGGGUAUCUCAGGCUCACGAUGCACUCAGCGACCUUAGACAGACACUGCAGUAUCGAUACUACCUCUAUAAGGACAAGGACCGCAACUCACGCGGUCAAGGAGCUAAUACUCGCGCGCUCAACAUAAUUGAAUCAGUCAAUUCCAAGAUCAAGGGUUAUCAGGAUACUUAUCGUGACGCCUACGGUGCCCUUCUACUCCUGAAACCUAUACUCCGCAAACAUUCGCUUCCCUCUGAGCUACGCGCCCUUCGGGAUGCUGAUGUUCGGGCUAUGCCGGAGGAACUUGAUGGGGAGACCGAGGGCAAGCGAAGAAUUUCUUGGAUUUGGCUCGCGCUUCCACUCGACCCGUAUGAUGAGAACGAUCCGGUCCUGAUAGAUACCAUCCGAGUUGAAUGGUGCAAAGCUCGGGCUCGGGCAAUGCGUUGGACCGAGGAAGUUGAGCUCCUUGUUGAGGAGAUGCGCCGAACAAUUGCAUUUUUCAAAUGGCAGACAGAAUGGUGGGUUUCGUAUAGUGAUCGGAAGACGUUGGCAGCGCCGGAAGACGAAGAGGGUAGCAGAGCAUAUGCGCUCCGACAGGCUAAUAGUCGACGCGCUCUGGCGUUGAGUUUCACGUCGAAGUGGACAAAGUCUCUUGCAGUAAUUCACGGACAUAAUAGUACGAGCAAAGAAGCACAUUGCUGA